AGACGAACAGACAGAGAGAGAGGAUUAAAGAAUGAAAGCAGAGGAUUAACCACUUGUCUGUCCACCCCUCCGUCCACCUGUCUGUCUGCAGAUAUGUCUUCUUCUCCUUCAGACUCCCAUCGUUCCCAGUUUGUCUCCCUCACUUUGAGGCUGAAGGAUAAGCUCCACCCGCCUCGGAUUAGACAGACUGAGCGAAUCAAACACGCCCCAACACAGAGAGUCAAACCGGCAGACCUGCAGCUCCAGGACCCACAGGAUGAGUCGCUCCUCGUCCUCUCUGAACGCCAACGGGCAGUGGUCAGCUCUCUGCAGUACUUCAAAGCCCUGGUGGACCGACUAGGAGUGGACCGACCCGGACCGGACAAACUGGUCCAGAACCGGUCCGUGGUGGGCGGGCUGCUGGGCGGGGCCUCCGGUCGGGUCCUGGAGUCGGUCCAGUCUCUGGUCCAGCUGGAGCCGCGCCUCCGCAGCAGUCGGACCGUCUCCUCCUGUCUCCGUCGUCUCUACGAGUCUCUGGCGCAGCUGAUUGGCUGGGCGGAUCAGGUGAUGCUGCAGGGGGUAACCUGUGGCAACAAGGAGACGGUUACCAGCGUUACCACGGUGAUCCGAGCCGUUCUGGACCGAGCCAAGGAGCUCGUUCGAUUGGUUAAAGAGAGACAAGAAAACUCCGCCCCUGUGUCUCCCGUCCAAUCACAACCCUCAGAGUUGGAAGAACACAAGACAUCAAACCUGUCAAACUGCAGACGACCUGAAGAGGAGGUUUUAGCCCCGCCCAAACCACCCAUGCCCCCCAUGGAGACCCCCCUACAGGGAUCUGGUCCUCCGGCUCUGCCCCCAAAGAAGCGCCACUCCUUAAUCCCUGCCCCCUGCAGGGUUGCUAUAGUAGCACCAAUGAUACGAGAGCCUGAAGUUGAUAGACAGGAAGUUGAUGAAGAGUCACUGAAAAGAUUUUCAUCUUCAUCAACAGAAUCCAGCGCACAAUAUGAGGAGGAUCCAGAUUAUGAUUUCCUGCGUACAGACCUGUCCUUCUCGGAGCCCCUCCCCCCUCUGCUUCCCCACCCCUUGGCCCCGCCCACUCUGCCAGAGAAGAGACAUUGUAGCACUGUAGGAAUAUCCAGUCCUCAUGCCCCGCCUUCUUUUGAGUUUGAGCCCAUCUGUCCACUCCCAGACCCCACCCCCAGUGCUGAGUACCCUGCGUCCCCCAGUCAGAGCCCGCCACCCCUCCCACAGAAGCGUAAACACAUCCAUCAGUACAUGCUGGUCCUGCCCUCCUCCUACAGUUCAGAGUCCACCGCCCACUUCUACCAGCGACCUCCCACCUUCCAGCGCUCCAGCAGCCGCCAGCACCAGGUAGACCUGACCUACCAGCACCAGGUGGACAUGACCAACCAGCACCAGGUGGACCUGACCUACCAGCACCAGGUGGACAUGACCAACCAGCACCAGGUGGACCUGACCUACCAGCACCAGGUGGACCUGACCAACCAGCACCAGGUGGACAUGACCAACCAGCACCAGGUGGACCUGACCUACCAGCACCAGGUGGACCUGACCAACCAGCACCAGGUGGACCUGACCAACCAGCACCAGGUGGACCUGACCAACCAGCACCAGGUGGACCUGACCAACCAGCUGACACACAUGCACCUGGACUGGGACUCUGCCCACUCACUGGGACUGCCUCCUGCUCCUGCUCUACCACCAAAGAAGAGGCUCCAGGAGGAAGAUCCAACAAAGAGUUCAAAGAGUCACCAACAGGAGGGGUCAAAGGGCAGCAGGAAAGGGGAGGAGCAAGGGGAGGAGCAGGAGGAGGAGCUGGAGGAGGAGCAGGAGGAGGUGUUACUGACAGAGCGGCAGCAGAUCCUCCUCAGACUGACCCUGAAGACAGAGGAGGAGGAGGGGCCGGACGUGAAGGCAGCGUCUCCGGACAUCCUAUUGGUCUACGCCACAGAGAUGGACAGCAGCACAGAACAGGAGGAGUUCCGGGAGGCCUUCCUCUUCACCUACAGAAGCUUCAUCAGCACCAGUGAUGUCAUCAAAAAACUCCGCCUCAGAUACAGUCACCUGCAGAGAGAUCCUGCCCACCUGAAGGCCGCCAUGAACACCUUCCACCUGCUGGUGCGAGUGGUGGACGAGCUGAGUUCGACAGAGCUGGACUGUGAUUUGCUGCUGCUGCUGACUGACCUGGUGUCCCACCUCCUGAUUGGUGGAGAGCUGGCCCUGGCCCACCUGCUGCGCUCCAACAUCCUGUCCAAGAUGGAGGGCAGGUGGAAGCUGAUUGGCUCUCCGCAGUCUCUCCGCCCCCUGGCCGCUAGGGGCGUAGCUGCCAGACCUGGGACUCUACUGGACUUCAGGAGUCAGGACUUGGCAGAACAGCUGACGCUCCUGGACUCAGAACUGUUCUACAAGAUCGAGCUCCCAGAGGUGCUCAUGUGGUCUAAGGAGCAGAAUGAGGAGCAGAGUCCAAACCUGACCAACUUCACUGAACACUUCAACAGUGUCUCCUUCUGGGUGCGUUCAGUCAUCAUCCUUCAGGACAAACCUCAGGACAGAGAGAAACUUCUGCUCAAGUUCCUGAAAGUCAUGAAGCACCUGCGGAAGCUGAAUAACUUUAACUCAUACCUGUCCAUCCUGUCGGCGCUGGACUCCGCCCCUUUGCGUCGUCUAGACUGGCAGAAAAACACGUCUGAGGCGCUGGAGGAGUUCAGCUCUUUGAUUGACAGCUCAUCGUCCUUCAGAGCCUACAGAGCAGCUCUGGCCGAGGUGGAGCCGCCCUGCAUCCCAUACCUUGGUCUGAUCCUUCAGGACUUGACCUUUGUCCACUUGGGGAAUCCAGACACACUGACCACAGCUCAGGGUUCAAAGGUCAACUUUUCGAAGCGCAUGCAGCAGUUUAACAUCCUGGACACCCUGAGGAGCUACCAGCAAGUUCAUUACUCUCUGCAGCCUAAUGAUGACAUCAUUUCCUUUUUCAACGACUUCAGCGACCACCUGGCGGAGGAGGCAUUAUGGGAACUCUCCCUUAGGCUCCGCCCAAGGAAUGUCCCACGAGCCAAUCAGAGAUGACCAUUAAACCAAGCCAGUAACUGCGGUAACCCGAUGCUAACAAGCAGAUGGACGAAGCUGGUGCUAACCUGAUGCAAACUAAUGGCAGAGCGAUGCUAAGGCUGUUAGCCAUCCAGUGCUAACCUGGACUGUUGUGUGAUCUGGUUGAUCUAGUUCUAUGUUUUUUGUUCUCUGGUCAAUUCAGUUCAGUCUGUCAUCUGAAAUAAACUGGACUCACUGUG